UUGCUUCUUAAAGAGAAUAUUUAGCUUCUUCUCCGACGGUGGGUUCUCUAAGUGGAAGGAAGUUGCAGCGGCGAAAACAGAACCGAGAAUGCCUAAGCAAAUCCACGAGAUCAAAGACUUCCUUCUGACAGCGAGAAGGAAGGAUGCUAGGUCUGUGAAGAUCAAGAGAAGCAAGGACAUUGUCAAGUUCAAGGUCAGGUGCUCUAGGUACCUCUACACUCUUUGCGUCUUCGACCAAGAGAAGGCUGAUAAGCUUAAGCAGUCUCUUCCUCCAGGUUUGAGUGUUCAAGACCUUUGAAGUCAGGGCUCUAUGUUAAUGCCACCAGCGUUGAAUUAUAGAGAUAUCUUUCGCUUGGGAUACUUUGUUUCUUGUUACCUUUUGAAUUACUAUGAUUCAGACUCUUCUCUUUUCAUUUUUAAGACUGGGUUUUGUAUUUUGCUAUUUGCCAUGUGAUGUCAAUGACUGCAACAACAAAAAAACUUCAAUUGCUAUCUU